AGCACCGCCCGCCCCGGACGCGGCUGCCGCCGGCGGGACGAGGAGCCUGGCCGGACGCACCAUGAGCAGCGGCCCCGCCGACCGGGAGGGCGGCCCCGCCGAUACCGGCCUGCCCGAGGAGGAGGUGAGGACGCUCUUUGUCAGCGGGUUGCCUCUGGACAUCAAACCCCGGGAACUUUACCUGCUCUUCAGGCCCUUUAAGGGGUACGAAGGGUCCCUCAUCAAGCUCACCUCCAAGCAGCCCGUGGGCUUCGUCAGCUUCGACAGCCGCUCCGAGGCGGAGGCGGCGAAGAACGCGCUGAACGGCAUCCGCUUCGACCCCGAGAUCCCCCAGACGCUGCGGCUGGAGUUUGCCAAGGCCAACACCAAGAUGGCCAAGAGCAAGCUGGUGGGCACCCCCAACCCCAGCGCGCCUCUCCCCACCGCCGUACCUCAGUUCAUCGCCCGGGAGCCCUAUGAGCUCACAGUGCCUGCACUUUACCCCAGUAGCCCUGAAGUGUGGGGGCCGUACCCUCUGUACCCAGCGGAGUUAGCACCUGCUCUACCUCCUCCUGCUUUCACCUACCCCGCUUCGCUGCACGCCCAGGUAAUUCAGAUCCAUCCACCAUCACUGCGCUCACCGCCCCGGACCCCCCCCGGCUCCCUUUCCGAUGCGCUGGCUCCCUCCUUCCGAGGCUGGUUCUCAGGGCUGGAAGUCCCGUCAGUUCUGCUGAAUGCCGGGUCUCAGGUGUGUGAUGGUGGCCUACAGUCAGUCUUGUGGGUAUUAAUGGAGUCUUCCAAGGCGGCUACUGGGUUGGCGUGCUCUCCGCGAAACCACAGUGUGCUGGCUUGAAAAAAAAAAAAAAACCAAAACCAAAACCAAACCCAAAAACCUCGCACAAGUUUGGAUUCCUCCAAGACUUUCCCACAGCCUCUAUCACACAUCUGCUCUCCUAGAAGAAAAACGAAAAGCAUACCUAGUAAUAAUAUUUUCCUCUUUUACACUGUAUAUUUGUAAGAAAGAGUGUGUUACUUCUGAAAGCAUGGUUUGACAGGCAUCGCUGUAGUGUUUGAAACGUCUUUUCAAAUGGAACCAUAGGAAAGCAGACUACAAAAAAAAAAAAAAAAAAAAAGCAGCAAAACGAGAGCAAGUAUUUUUGUACCAAACCUCCUAAACAGGACAAUCUUACACUGGGUUGGACCACAAGUGUUGUGCUUGACUUCCGAAUGCGUGUAAUUAAGAGUCUCUAUCCCCGCCGCCCCGUCAGCUGCAUGUCGAAGGCGUGAUGUUCACGUGCGUGCGGAUGUCGAGAGGCACGAUUUGGGUUCGUAGGAAUUGUGCUCCGGCUGUAUCGGCAAGAUGCCUGCGGACACUUACAGUAUUACCGUUUUCUUCCCAGUUGUACCAAAUGACAACCAGGCAGGACAAUCAGAAACUUUCUUAUGGUGGAUUUUUUUUUUUUUUUUACCUUAGGGCUAUGUUAAUAGCUUGCUGUGCAAAGCUUCGGGAUGGUACAACGGCUCGGAUCAGGGACGGGCAGAGACAGCCCGCACAUGUAGCAAGGUGACAAUUUGCCUCCUCCUCCUGCCGUGACUGCUUGAAGUUGUUACGGGCAACGUAAACUGCUGUAUGAGAAAAAAAAACCCAAACCAAAUCAAACCAACAAACCCUGGGUUUGCCAGCUUACUCGAGGUUGGGCGUGAGUCCCGAGGGGCUCAGGCACGUGCCUACCAUUACGCCAGAGCGCUGGGCUGAGCUGGGGUUUUAGCGUCAAGGCGAUGCCGGUCCGGUGGCUCGCUGUGUAGCAUUUUCACGUUUCCAUGCGCAAAGACAAGGGAGGCUGCCCUUGGGGCAGCAUCUGUAACCUUUACGGAGAUAGCGUACCAGCAGAGAGACCGCUUGGCAUACUGGUCUCUCCUUCUCCUUGCUCCAGGAGGAAUUUGGAAAAAGAAAGAGCAAAGCAAAGCAAACCAAAACCUCCAACAGAUUUCAGGUUUUUGCAAAAGGAGACGCAAAACUUCUCCUUUCAUUGCCUUUCCUCCCCACCCCAUCCCUGCCACAGAGUACACCGAGCUCGGCCGCUGCCCAGGCUUCGCCGUAGCCGGUUUCCCAGCUGCUCUGAAGACGCAGGGCGCCCGUGGCCUUGUUAAACAUCAUCACCUUUUUCUUCCUCCUCCUUUUUAUUCUGCGGGAGGGCCAAAAUAAGACGGCUGAGAUUUCGGCUGCCGGAGCCAGGGCGGGGGGGUGGGGGCGGUGCGAGAUGGUGCAAUGGGAAACGGUCCUGUUGGGGGCUUCUGUAAAAAGUGGGAUUGAUAAAGGCGACAUGAGAAGAAAUCAAUUCCCAGACAAACCUCUGAGCGGCUCUAAAAGGAACGAUACCAGCGUUUCCAAGCGACGGACUAACUCUUUUCGCAAACUAUUUCCUGUACUUUAUCUUGUGGAGAGGAGAAAAGCUUCCACAUUGUCUACUCCGCUUUUGGAAAUAUGUUUAAAGGUACUUUUCUAUUGUAAUUUUUUAAAAAUAAAACCAGUGAUGAUUCUAAGUUA